AUGGCGGCGGCGGCGGCGCCGCCCUACCCCGGGAGCGCUAGGGCUCGCCCCCGCCGCCUCACCGGCGACUACAUCAUCGCCGCGCUGGCGCCCCACAUCCGCUUCGCCGACCACCUCGCCCACCGCCUCGUCUGCCGCUCCUGGCGGCGCUCCUGCCGCCUCAUCGGCCGGGCGCCCCCGCCCUUCCCGUGGCUCAUGCUCCCGUCGCCCGCCGCGAGCGGGCCCGCCCCGGGCCCCGGCGCCUCGCAGCGCCGGGUCUUCUACGACAUCCCCGGCGGGAGGUCCUACGCGUACCCGGUUCCCGCGUCCUGCCGCUACGUCGCGAGCCGCGCCGGGUGGCUCGUCCUGGCCGCCUCGGACCCGCCGCUCCGGUUCGUCGUGCUCAACCCCAUCACCUCCAUGCGGCUGGUCGUCUCGUGGCCGUUCGGGGAGGAACCCACCGAGGGGUUCCACGCCGUCCUCACGGCCUCGCUCGCCGACCCGGCGGCGUGCUUCCUCGCGGUCGCCACGGACAGGCUCGUCAAAUACUGCCGCCCCACCCUCGGCGGCGGGGACUGGACCACGCUGCGCGCCCCGGGGUUCCGCUACGACACGGCCUGCAGCGACCUCGUGUCCGUCGGCACCAUGUUGUACCUCAUGGACGAGCGGAGGAAGCUCUGGCGCGCCGACCUCGCCGCCGCCGAGCCCAAGGUGGAGCGCAGGGACACGUCGUUCGUGCUCCCGCCGGGGGAGAGGUGGCGCCACUACCUAGUCGAGUCGCUCGGCCACGUCCUCCUCGUGGUCUCGGACGAUCACCACAAGCGCAUCGGGCUCUACAGGCUCAACUGGGACGCGAGGCUCUGGGUGCCCAUGCCCGCGAGUGGCCUCGGCCACGGCGUGCUGCUGUUGGGCCGCGGGUGCUCCGCGGCCGUGCCAGCAUCGGCCGCCGCGGGCCGCUUGCCUGGCGCGGUUCUGGUGGUGCGCCAGCCAUGGAGGUCGACCUUCCUGCACACGGGAUUAAACUUCUCUGCUGAUGUUGGAGGUGAGCAACCUUGGUUCUGGACGGAAUCGCGGCUCGGAGCUGGACUGGACGAUGAUCAGUUGGUGAUGAGGAAGACGGUGCCUCACCGGCCUGGCAAGUUCAUCACCGGUGACUCGUUCUGGUUCUUCCCCGCCAUUGAUCAGAGUGAUUGUCCAUAGGCGGCUUCAAGACUUGACGUCAAGAAGCAGCACAAGCACACACCAGGUCAGGUUAAGCUAGGAAUAGGAUGACUGAGAUUAGCUUGAUCUUAUUAUACAGUUGUUUGUUCAGUACUGGCCUACAUAGCUAGGUGAAAUAUGUGCAUCCUUGUUUUGCAAAACUGAUUCAAAAGCGUACCAUUAGACUUGUAUCUGCACCAGAUGCGUUCGUUUGUUUAGUCUAAUUUGCAUGCCAUUAGUUUCUACCAAAAGCAAAUAAGUUUCUGUUUAACAUUUGUGGAAUGAUAUAUUCUUCUCUGAUGCAUUUAAGAUGGCAAAAGAAAAGUUCGCUAACAUCAGUGCAACUUGUGAGAUUAAAAAAACAGCAGUGGGGAGGUGAUGCAUCAACAAUGGAAUCAACGCAAGUGAAGUUCUAGGAACCAUUUAAUCAAACUCCUUGUUCGCAACACAGGCACAGCCUACAAAGCAAGCAUUGUUUCAUUUACACAAACCUAGGACUUGUAUCAUAGGCACAUUUCAUUUCAUUAGGAGAAAACUUUUAAUGUU